AUGGCGUCCAGGGACGAUAUCACUGCGUCCAGGGACGGUAUAGACCGUAUAACUGCGUCCAGGACCCCCACGGCCAUCAUAUUCGAAAGGCUCCAAGGCACAUGGCGACUACGCAGAAGUCUCAACAGCGCUCUUCCGGACUUCCCGUCAGGCACCUUCGACGGCACAGCCACUUUCACACCUCGCAAGCCGACCACUCACACCGCAGCCGGCGAGCUGGUCUACAGUGAACAAGGCGAGCUGAAAAUGCAAAACGGUCUCGUGCUCAAAGCAAACAGGAAAUAUGUCUACCGGUACGACGCGGACGAGGACAAGAUUGCCGCGUGGUUUAUCAAAGAAGACACCAAAGCCAAGCACGGACACGAGGAAGUUGAUUACCUAUUUCACGACCUAGAGAUGGCUUCCGCUGGCGAUUCAGCCUGGAUUGGCCAGGGAGAACAUCUCUGCGAACUGGAUAUGUAUUGGGCUUAUUAUGAGUUCCGAAUUCCCAAGGUUGUAGAGGAGGGGCAGAAGAUGGACGUCUUUGGGGUGAGGUAUAAAGUCAAGGGGCCAAAGAAGGACUACACCAGUGACACCGCUUAUGAGCGGACGUUUUCCAGUGACGUUACUGUGCUGUGA